AUAUAAAGUGACAAUGCCGAGGAGUAAUACCUCCAAUUCAUAUUUCUCAUCACCAUAAAGGAAGAGCGUGAAGCAGGCAUGGCAGACAAAGUCGAGAAAGUUGAGGAGAUAGAGAUGACAGUAGAAGGUGAUAAAACCCGACUGAAAGAUCGAAAGUUCUCAUGGGCCAAGCUGCGCCAUGUGGAUUCUCUCAAUUUGGAGGCUGGUAGACUUCCUUUCUCUUCCACCAAGCCUAAGGUAAAUUGGGUGACGACGCUGAAUUUAGCAUUCCAGAGCAUUGGAGUGGUGUACGGAGAUAUUGGAACUUCCCCACUAUAUGUAUAUUCCAGCACUUUCCCUGAUGGCAUUGGCGACCAAGAAAACCUUUUUGGGGUUCUGUCCCUCAUCAUCUACACCAUAGUUCUCAUUCCUUUUGUGAAGUAUGCAUUCAUCGUUUUGAGAGCUAAUGACAAUGGUGAAGGUGGAACAUUUGCGCUCUAUUCGUUGUUAUGCCGACAUGUAAAAGCGAGCUUAAUUCCAAAUCAACAGCCGGAGGAUAGAGAGCUGUCUAACUACCGGUUGGACACUCCAUCCAGCCAGUUAAAGCGGGCAUACAAAAUAAGAGGAAAGAUAGAGAACAGUAAACGUGCCAAACUUGUUCUUUUCAUGGUCACUAUACUAGGGACUUCAAUGGUUAUGGGAGAUGGGGUUUUGACUCCAUGCAUCUCAGUUCUUUCUGCAGUUAGUGGCAUAACAUCCUUGGGAAAAGACGCUGUGGUGGGAAUUUCCGUGGCAAUUCUGAUCAUACUUUUCUGUGCUCAGCGGUUUGGAACUGAUAAAGUGGGGUAUUCAUUUGCCCCAAUUAUCUGCCUGUGGUUUGCCUUCCUCAGUGGCAUCGGCUUGUACAACCUCUUCACAUAUGGUUGGGGUGUAUUACGUGCGUUUAAUCCUGUAUAUAUAGUGGAUUACUUCAAAAGACGUGGCAAGAAGGGAUGGGUGUCACUUGGUGGAGUAAUUCUUUGCAUUACAGGGUCGGAAGCUAUGUUUGCUGAUCUGGGUCACUUCAAUAUUCGAGCAAUUCAAAUGAGUUUCUCCGUCAUUGUCUUGCCUUCCUUACUCAUUGCAUAUAGUGGCCAAGCAGCCUACCUCACCAAAUACCCUAAUGACGUUGGGGACACUUUCUACAAAUCCAUUCCAGGUCCUUUGUACUGGCCAACAUUUGUGGUAGCUGUUGCCGCUGCUAUUAUUGCUAGCCAGGCUAUGAUAUCUGGAGCAUUUUCAAUCAUCUCUCAGUCGUUAUCUCUAGGGUGUUUUCCAAGAGUUAAGGUAGUUCACACCUCCGUUAAGUAUGAGGGUCAGGUUUAUAUACCAGACAUCAACUACAUGCUCAUGAUUGCCUGUGUUAUUGUCACUGCUGCCUUCAAAACCACAGAAAAGAUUGGCAAUGCAUAUGGAAUUGCUGUGGUAGCGGUAAUGAUGAUCACAACAUGUAUGGUUACUCUUAUCAUGCUUGUCGUAUGGAAGACAAACAUACUGUGGAUUGCCCUCUUCUUUGUAUUCUUUGGCGCCGUAGAAGGUAUAUAUCUCUCAUCAGUUUUGUUUAAAUUUGUUCAAGGAGGCUAUCUUCCGCUGGCCUUCUCCCUUGCCCUAAUGAUAAUUAUGGGAAUAUGGCACUAUGUCCACCAAAGAAAAUACGAUUUUGAGCUCAAGAAUAAGGUUUCUAAUGAAUACCUUAAACAACUGGUGGAAGAUCCAAGUAUAAACCGGUCGCCGGGAAUGGGUCUUUUGUACACGGAGCUCGUUCAAGGCAUACCGCCUAUAUUUCCUCAUUUCAUUUCUAGCAUACCUUCCAUCCAUUCAGUUCUGGUGUUUGUCUCAAUUAAGAAACUUCCGAUUAGCAAAAUAGCAUUGGAGGAGCGUUUUCUCUUCAGACAGGUGGAACCAAGAGAAUAUCGAAUGUUCCGCUGUGUUGUAAGAUACGGGUAUCAGGAUGUAAUGGGAACUACUGAGGAGUUUGAGCGUCAAUUAGUUGAGAACUUGAAGGAAUUCAUUCGCCACGAAUACUUCAUUGCUGAAGGAGGCGCCACCGAACUGGCGACUGCUCCUGAGAACCUCCAGAGCACCACUCUUGUAGUAAAUCAAGGAAAAGAAAAAGUAGCGAGUAAAUCCGCCGUUUUUGUUGAGGAAUCACUAAACCAGCUCAACCCACCUCGCGUUUCCUCAGCGUCCAUCCAGUCAUUCAAUGCGGCCAAAUCAACAAACUCGUCCAGCCGAAUCAUCUCUGCACCAAUCCUGGGAGCUGAAGAGGAGAUGCAGUUUGUGCAGAAAGCAAUGGACGAAGGAGUUAUUUACCUACUGGGAGAAGCUGAAGUGGUGGCAAAACCAAACUCAUCCUGCAUAAAGAAGAUAAUUGUGGACUAUGUUUAUAGUUUUCUGAGGAAAAACUUCAGGCAAGGAGACAAAGUAAUGGUGAUACCACACUCUAGACUUCUAAGGGUAGGAAUGACAUACGAGAUAUGAAAAGAAAGGACUUGAUGUAUAUGUAAAGUGAGCCUUGAUGACUUAGGUGAGACCUAGUUUUUAGCAAACAAAGAAAAAGAAAUCAGAUAUAUAUAUAUAUAUAUAUAGUCUGAUAGCUUUCGCAAUAAAAAUGUAUAUCUGCUUAAUUCCUAUUAACA